GCUCUUUCUUUCUUCUCGCUGGAAGGUUGGAGGACCGGCGAGGGGCUGUUUGAGGAGCCGGAGGGCGGACUCUCUUGCCUGCGCCUCUUUGGUGCUGGGAGGCGGGCCUUAGGGUCGCAGUCGGCGCCGCAGCCUUUCUGGGCCCGGCGGACUCACGUGACCGACGCGGGCUCCGGAGCGGCCGGCCCCACUGAGGAAGCGGCGGCGGCGGCGGCGGCGGCGGCAGAGGCGGCAGAGGCGGCGACCGCAGCCGGGAGGUAGCGGCCUGGCGAGGGACGGGCCGCUGCCCUCUCGGCCAGCUGCGGCGGAAGAGAAAAAUGGCGGAGGCUUCGGCGGCCGGGGCGGGCGCAGGCGCCGCUGUCGCCGCGCACCGGUUUUUCUGCCACUUUUGCAAGGGCGAGGUCAGCCCCAAACUGCCGGAAUAUAUUUGUCCCAGAUGUGAUUCUGGCUUUAUUGAAGAAGUGACAGACGAUUCCAGUUUUUUAGGUGGUGGCGGCAGCCGGCUAGACAAUAGCACAUCAACACAUUUUGCAGAGCUCUGGGACCAUUUGGACCACGCGAUGUUUUUCCAAGAUUUUAGACCAUUUCUAAGUAGUAAUCCACUGGACCAAGAUAAUAGAGCCAAUGAGAGGAGUCACCAAACUCACACUGACUUCUGGGGACCAAGUCGGCCUCCACGGCUGCCAGUGACUCGGAGAUACAGAUCACGAGGAAGUACUCGUCCUGAUAGAUCCCCAGCUAUUGAAGGAAUAAUACAACAGAUCUUUGCAGGAUUCUUUGCAAAUUCUGCAAUUCCUGGAUCCCCACACCCUUUUACCUGGAGCGGGAUGCUGCACUCCAACCCUGGGGACUAUGCCUGGGGUCAGACAGGGCUUGAUGCCAUUGUAACCCAGCUUUUAGGACAACUGGAAAAUACAGGGCCUCCCCCAGCUGACAAGGAAAAGAUCACAUCUCUUCCAACAGUGACAGUAACUCAGGAACAAGUUGAUAUGGGUUUAGAGUGUCCAGUAUGCAAAGAAGAUUACACAGUUGAAGAGGAAGUCCGGCAGUUACCCUGCAACCACUUCUUCCACAGCAGUUGUAUUGUGCCGUGGUUAGAGCUGCAUGACACAUGUCCUGUAUGUAGGAAGAGCUUAAAUGGUGAGGACUCUACUCGGCAAACCCAGAGCUCUGAGGCCUCUGCAAGCAACAGAUUUAGCAGUGACAGCCAGCUACAUGACCGAUGGACUUUCUGAAGCUAAAGACCACAUCUGAGCCAGGGCUGUGGUAGUCUUCUCACCACAGCUGUAAAUUGUAUCAAAAGAUAGUAGGUACAUUUAGGAACCACAUAAGAAGCCCCAACCGUAAUAUUAAUGCAAUGAGUGUUUUUCUUCUCUAAAGUUAGUAUCUACAGAUGGAAUUGUAUCUACAACCAAAUGCCUCUUAUUCCUGAAUUCAGAGUGAUAAUUUUAAAAGUAUGAAACUUAAUUAUGUGGGUUUCCCCCCACCAGAAUAGAAUCAGUUGCUUAGUCUAGCUAGGGUCCUGCUAUCUGUCAUGUUACCUUGUAAUGGAUGUUUCCAUCUCCUUCUCCAAUCUCCACCUUACUGUUAGUGUAUUUUAUAGUAAAUACAGUGAAACCAGAGCCCUGAAGUCCUGCUGAUAUAAAGUCCUUCUGUUUUAAUUGUACAAAAGCAUCUGCUCUUGGCCACAUUAGCCAAGAAGUGAGGUCAGAUUAAUUCAGGAAUCUUAGGCUAAUGAUUUUGUUUUGUCUUGAAUCCUCAGAGAGCAAAUCAAAGAAAAAUCACAGUUGGAAGGAGAAAGUGGCUUAUUAUUGUAGUCUUUGGUUUUCUCAUUUUAGUUUUUAAAGACUACUUCACAAGAUGGCAGUUUCCAGAGAAACCAACAUGACAUGUUCUUAGGAGUUUUAUGUUGGUAGGGAUCCAAGUCUGGUUCCUCUUUGGGAAUGAGUUGGGCAGCAUACAGGCACAGAAGGACAGAUAUUUGAAUCUUUGGUUCUGAGGUUUUUUAAUGGUUCCCAACUCAUUGUUUACUGUCUUUUGUCCUGGGGACCUUAUAAUAAUGUCCCUCACGGAAAUAGAAUUACUUCAUUACUGCUUCUACAGCCAAUUCACUGUUUUUAGUAUUUCAUUAGUCUUCAGGAAUUGAGAUUUUACAUUGUCUCAUUUUAAUUUUUUAACUCCUUUUAUCAUCUCUGAAACCUUUCUGUUCUGCUUGGUUCUGAGUAUAUUUGGAAUCAAACUGAUUAUUGUGAUCAUGCCCAAAACAGCUUGGCCUAGGAGAGAUAGGCCUUACUUUUUCUGCCUAACAGUAUCUCAUGCACAUGCUCUUUGGAGCAUAUAAGUGUUUAAACUUGAAUAAAUGAAGAUCAAAUAUGUCAUUGGAACUUCAGAGUCUCAAAAGGAAAUGAUGGGGAUACGUAACCACUGUUGGUGUGCCAAAAAGGGUGACAGAGGGACACCGUUUGUAUUGUCACAUCUGCCUUUCAUAGUUUGGAAUGAUUAGAACAAGAAGCCCACUUGCUGGUGAGUAUCUUUCUUGGCUAGGAGUCUUUCCUCAGUUUUUGUUGACUUUCGUACACUGAUUUGGGAGGCUGAGGAAAGAGGGUUAGAAAUAUCUUUGUACUUCGGUGAGAGGAUGAAGGAGUAGAAGUGGGAAAAGAGAAAGUGGGAGAGUGGCUUGCUGAAUUAAUAGCCUGCCUCUAAAAGUUGUGACUAUAACGUAUGAUUCAGUUUGGGCCCAGAGGGAAUAAAAGAUGUUUUCUCAUA